AUGGUCCCGACUGGCGAUCAUGCUGCCGACACGCACUCGACGGAAAAAGCUCACGUCGAUGCUGGCAACUCGAACCCACAGGUGCAACUCGGUAAUACGAGGCUGAUGCCGACGGACCGUGGCGAUACUCGAAGCGCAUCUCAGGGACGGUUGGAAGAUAUUGAACAACUUGGACGCCGUUUACAACGUGCCGUUGGGCUUGACGACGCGCACAGUAGCCCCCUGCUGUCAUUGCCCGACGAGCUUAUCGUGAAGAUCAUCCGUCGCGUGAGAGAAUCGAACGUGAUCAUCGAGAGAAGCACGCAGAGUCGUCUCUCCCGGCCCGUCCCUUGGAACGUCACCGUCACGGUUUGCCGUCGACUCAGGCAGAUCGUCGCUGGAUCCCCUUCGCUUCACACACAUCUGUCCAACGUAUUGCAUUCGACGUAUUACCUUGAUCUAUCCAUCGUUCGGUCCGACCCUCUUCCUUUGAACCUCUACAUAUCGGAACCCUCUCAGUACGGAAUGGAUGAAAUGCGGCAAUGGACGAAUGGCGUUCUGAAAGUACACGGUCAUCGCAUCGAGUCAAUCACCUUUCAGACCUCCCGCAGCAAUCUCUCCGGAGUGCCCGACUGGCUGAACCAUACACCUUGUUUAAGGUCGCUCUCCUUGCACUACGAUGUCGACCACAAUAGCUCUGGAACGAUCAAUGCCACGGCUGAAUCGAUUCUAUCCGCCAUCUUCGCGGCGCUCACGACCAGCACCAAGCCCAAGGUAGAGCAUGUGGCUUCGCUGUGUAUCAACGGGCCACUGCCUCCAUACGGCGUCAGCGCCGGGGUUGUGUAUCACAACCUCACGGACCUCUCCUUGAGGAACGUCAUUUUCAGUUUCAUCAGUGACCCUGGCCUCUCGAUCAUCUUAUCUCUCACGACGAGGCUUGAGCGCCUUACCUUGCACAAUGUGUGCCCCGUUGACAUAUCCAUGAACCCAUCCUUCAUGCUUGUGAGCCCGCAUCCUCCAUUGGCACUUCCGAGUACACUCCGUGUGCUCGACUACUCUGGCUCAAAACACCCGGAAUUCGUCUUACUCGAAGCAUUCAUUCCGAACACAUCUACGCGCCUCAUCAUCACCUGCACCGACGAGAUGAGGAGAUCUGUUGUUCGAAUCAGGCGCGUUCUGGAGCUUUGGAUGGGUCCAGGCCGUCUUACUAAGGCGGCCACGCUACAUAUCACCAACAACGGGGUAAAUAACCACGUUUCGUAUGCACAGGUGAAACUGUCCCUAUGGAGCGCCUGCGACGAGGAUAUGACUUGUCCGCCGGACAUCGAAUACAACUUUGACCGCAUGGAAAUCGGGGGCAACUCGUUGAUGUUCUUGCCGGACAUGAUGAACGGCCCUUCUUAUGAAGGUUUGCAGAGGUUACAUGCCAAAGUGGACGAUACCACGUAUUCUCUCCUCCAGAGCUGGAGAGUCGGACAUCAUCUGCAGACUCCACAUCUGCGCGACCUCAGCCUCCUUCCCAACCUGGCUUCGGAGCCGCAUUUCUCACUCGAUGUCUGGUUUUUUCGCAGAUGGCUUCACUCCCGUUAUGCCACAGGCAAUCUGCUUCAUACGCUGACCAUCUCUUCUGAGAUGGCUGACGCACUGGACGGGUUGGGAGAAUCGCGACCUCAACCCUCCUGCUCGGCUCCGGUCAUAAUGAGAAGAGAGGACUUUGACGAGCCGCCACCCGAAACGCUUGGAGAAUCGCCGUCGUGGAGGGAUACCGUUUCUGAAGUAGUCGUGGUCAACUUGGGACCGUGA